GGAAGGCAGGGCCGAGCAACAGGGACACAUCCUCCAUCAGCCUCCCUCCUUCUGUUCAUGGACCACCCUCCACUGCUCCCUCGCUCCGCGGCACCUUCUCUCUCAAUGAGAGCAGAGAGUCAGCCUGAGCGUGAGGAGACGGAGCAUGGAGGGCAUGAACCUGCAGGACAAACUCAACUGAGACACCCUUUGGACAACAGACUCACACAGAUCGAGCCCUUGUUGGAUGACAGCGAGAGGAGCAGUCAUGGGACUGGACAUGUGGAGCCUUUUCGUGUUGUUUUGCUUGUCUCUCUGGAGCAGCAGUCAAGCCUUGACCAAGAACCCCAUCUUCUCUCGGAUACGAAGAGCUCCAGAGGCCAAAGAUGAAAAUAAGAAAUGCUCCUACACAUUCCUGGUUCCUGAGCAAAAGAUCACAGGCCCCAUCUGUGCUGCCCAAGGCUAUUCCACUGACAAGGAUCGGGUGACGCGCCUGGAUGUGGCCUCGGUUCGUGAUCUUUUGUCAAGGCAGCGUCGGGAGAUGGAAACUUUGAAGCUAGUGGUGGAUGUGGAUGGCAAUUUGGUGAAUGAGAUGAAGCUGUUGAGAAAAGAGAGCAGAAACAUGAACUCCAGGGUGACCCAGCUUUACAUGCAGCUGCUCCAUGAGAUAAUCAGGAAGAGGGAUAAUUCACUGGAGCUGGCUCAGCUGGAGACACGCAUCCUUAACGCCACCGCUGAAUCAUUGCGCCUGGCAUCUCGGUACAGGGAGCUGGAGGCCAAAUACUCAGCCCUGUCUGCAAUGGUGAACAACCAGUCUGUGCUGAUUGGAGCCCUGGAGGAGCGCUGCAUGCAGCUACACAGUCAUCGGCACGAGCAGUCACCCCACGGACCUCCGCUGGUGCAGGUGGUGCCAGAGAACAUUCCAGUCAGUGUGCCACGUUUCACCAAUGAGAUCCAGAGUCGCAACACUCGAGGGUUUGCCUUGGAAAGGGGCUCUCGCUCUGGUCCAUCACCCACAAGCAGCACUCUAGAGGUCCAGAAGUCUCCUGAGAGGAACUUCAGUACAGAAGGUCCCUUCAGAGACUGUCUGGAGGCUCAGGAGGUGGGACACAGCGCCAGCGGCAUGUACCUGAUCCGACCGGAUGAAGCGGAGAGGCCAGUGCAGGCCUGGUGUGAACAGGACAUUGACAACGGGGGUUGGACCGUCAUCCAGAGCAGAAGAGACGGAUCAGUUAACUUCUUCAGAAACUGGGAUAACUACAAGAGUGGCUUUGGCAACAUAGACGGGGAAUACUGGCUCGGCCUGGAAGCCAUCUACAACUUAGGAAGGCAGGGAGACUACAAGCUUUUGGUGGAGAUGGAGGACUGGAUGGAUAAGAAGGUGUACGCGCAGUACAGCAGCUUCCAUCUGGAGCCAGAGAGCGAGAGCUACCGGCUGAGGCUGGGCACCUACCAAGGCAACGCUGGAGACUCCCUCAGCAGCCACAACGGAAAACAGUUCACCACUCUGGAUCGAGACAAAGACGCUUUCUCAGGUAACUGUGCCCAUUUCCAUAAAGGAGGCUGGUGGUACAAUGCUUGUGGCCAAGCAAAUCUUAAUGGUGUCUGGUACACUGGAGGGGUCUACCGCAGCAAAUUUCAAGACGGGAUCUUCUGGGCGGACUACGGUGGCGGUUUUUACUCCAUGAAGUCUGUCCGUAUCAUGAUCAGGCCUAUAGACUGAGGCUGCCAUCAUCCAGCUGCCAAUCCUGGAUUGAAGUUCUUAACCAGUGGAAUGUGGUCAACCAUCAGUAACAGACACACGUAAAAGAGUUUAGGGACAUGAAUCUGUCUAAAUGACCUAACAAAGAGAGGCCACAAAACCUCAAUGGCGCAAAUAUCUCAGAACCAAAAGCAGCUACCUCACCAUAAUAAAUGUCAGCAAACCAUUGAUGUGUAUGAAGAGAAAACAAAUGUCUCCGCCUACUUUUAGAGCUCAAAUGUAACGCCGUGAAUCCAGGUCCGGUGACAGCCAUGCCCAGGCCCAAUCCCGAUAAUUGCACUGUGCCCUAUGGUCUACUGUGAAGUGCACUUGGAAGCAGCGUGCAGUAAGGCUUCGAGUGUGUAGUGCGCGCAAGUGUGCAAAUAACUGCCGAAUUGGGACAGGGACCAUUGUAUCAUCGAUCACAGCACAUGCUGGGAUUCUGGUCGCUGACUCAAAAACAAACAAUUGACAAAAUUUACAUUCAUUGCUGUUCACAUUAAAUCUUAGUCUAAGACAUUCAGAGCAUGAAUACAUGUCAUUAACCAUCUUAAAGGGAACUUCUUUUGUUUGAAAAUGCAUAUUUUCAGUAAAGGCACAUAAGCCAUUGUGCUGCCUUCUUAAAGAGCUAAUUGCAGGUUAGAGACUCCCAUGGACCAAUGUUUAGAGAAACAUAAUAGAAACUCGUUGUAAACAUUUUUUAACAGAAACAUAAAUUAUUUAGGCUUUUAGUCAUUUUUGUGAGAACGUUUUUUUUGUCCAAACCAAGUGACGUCAGCUGAAGGAGUCCUAUUAGUUUUGUGCUGACACUUCCUGUUGUCAGCCAGCUGGGUGAGGGCGGAGGCGGCUUCUGACGCGCUUCUGUUCAUAAAUCAAACCUCCUUUUGUCUGUGCGUUAGUCUUGUUUAUUUUCUUUUACAAGCAUUAGCUGGUGUUUUACAUGAUGCGGUUCCAAGGAUAGUAGUGCUCCCAGUUGAUCAUCACAAAAAGGAAGUAUAUUGUGCCAUGGUGUCGCGAGCGGUAAAAACGUUUGCUCAUCCCGCCACCCAUGCGUAAUCAUCUCUCCCGAAACACCUGAGGACCCACUUAAAUCACAUGUGACGCACCCAACACCACCACCACCACAGAUGAAAGCCCAACCCACAAAAUAAAUGGCUCCUACAUCUCCGGCCCCUAAUUGUGAUAGAAUACACAAUUACAAAAACUUAUGGAGCUUCUUGAAGUAGAAAGAUUUUUGAUAUGGGUCUUUCUAGAACCCCAGUCUUAGUCUUCAGUUCAACUGUUCGUACAAAGCCAGAUGAAAGCCCAACCCACAAAAUAAAUGGCUUCUACAAGUUUAAUCCAGAGAAAAAUACGGAUUCUAAUGCGGCUGUGACACAGAGGAAACUUUAAAUGAUUAUAAUUUGACUUCUGAUGGACCAAAACCAUAAAGUUAUGAGUUUGCUGCUCGCCCCAGAGAGCAGAGACAAACCAGAGGGAGAAACCAUCGGCCAAAUCAGAGAGAUUGAGGAGAAGCAGCGGGGGAGCAGCAGGUGAGUUAACGAUGCUAGCUUAAACGCGUGUGCUAACAUCACAGUGUUGUACAGAUUACUAUCGUGUACCACACAGUUAAAAUAGUAUCGGUUUGUUAAUAUAAUAUUAAUACUAAUGAGCGUCUGUCAGCUGUCUCAUACUCGUUAAUAUCCGUUCAUGUAACGUAGUUUAGCUCUUAGUGAGAGGGAGAGAGAUCCCUGUCAUCCGGUUCUGGAGCUCAUGCGGGCUUCUGUGAGAUGGAUCCGACCUAGACACCAGCGAGCCAGUCGAGCUGGUAUUUUUAAAAGCCGCGCAUCCUCUUCUGGUAGUCCAGGCGGCGGUUCUGAUCCGGUUCGGAACCUGGAAACCAGCUGACCCGCUGAGCCGCGAAUCUCUUCUGGUGGUCAGUUCUGAUGGUGAUCUGAGUUUCAGAAAUCCACAUUUAAUUUUUUAAACCCCGUCACAGGGAGUCCAGCGCAGACCUCCCUGUCCCGGUACCGACCGAUGUGGGCUACAGAAGUCCGUCUUUUCAGCUGCACAAAACGCCCUCAGGCACGGAGAUAGAGGCGUUGUUUCUCUUAUCUGGAAACCCGUGGACUCGAUGUCCAGACAGGCUGGAGUUGGUACAGCCUUCACAAACAAUAGUUUAUCAAAAGGAACACAAUCCAACACUAGUAAACACACACACUGACUGGAUCACAUGACCUCUCUACCCUAAAACUAGCCACUCUCCACACUGAGCUGAGGCAGCGCUGAGCUUCUAACUCCCUUUGGUUACGUCAGAGGUUCAGAUUUAGAAAAAAAAAGCCUUUUUAGAAGUUUUGCUGAAAAAAGACACUUUUUACUAGAAAAACUCUGUUGUUAUGUAUUUACAACGAAAUAUCCACAAUAAGCAUUUCAAAUAGUAUUUUUUGAGCAUUUUAUAUGAAUUAGAAAAAAAGUAACCUGCAAUUUGCUUUUUAAAAUUCCCGCACAGCUAUGGAUUGUGGGUAAUACCCUUUGCCUAAGUCAGCAUAAAUGCAGACUUGGGCAAGUGCGGGUAAAGGGUACAAAAGGGGCGUGGUCAACUUCCACACUUGAGGAUUGGGACAUCCUAUGCACUUGCACCCCUGGACUGGAACGAGUAAAUGAAGGGCGCAAGCGUACACCAGGCGUGUUUUGAUUACACGUUCAGCUGUAAAUUUUAAAACACAUGGAGUGUGUGCAGGUUAGUAGGUGGGACUUUCAGCCCUUAUCUUCUGACUCACAUCCUCGGUGAACACAUGGAUCAGAGCGGGCACCUGCCAGUCAGUUUUAUUUUCCUCACUAGCUGUUGAAGUGUCCUUGAGCAAGACAUCCCCCUAUUCAUCCACCCACACACACACUUGGGGUGUAGACUGCAUACUGUGAGAGGAUGAAUGUGACGUGUCAGACCUAUUUGAGUGGUUGGUAGAUUAGAGAAAUGCACCACAGACAUGAUCCAGAACCCAUUCAGACCCUGGUCCACAAAUACAACAUGGCUGCUCCCCUCAACGGGAUUUUAUGGCUAACAACUGAAGCCGGAGACGCUUGAUCAGUCUUUAGACACAUGCAUGGUUUGGUUCUAUAUUUAUGAUUGAUGGUGCGCAUUUGAUAUUUACUCUGCUGCAGGUGCUUGAGCUGCAAAACACCUCAUUUACCUUCAUGACCCCCCCCCCCCCCCCCCCCCCAAAAAAAAAAGCUAAGGCUUGGUUUAUGCUUGAUGCAUUUACUUUCCGCUUGGUGAUGCGGCUCACGGAUGGAACGAGCUUCACAACUUGCAGCGUUUACGGUUCAUACGGCUUGUCUCUGCGGUGAGCCAAUAUUCUCCCAAACUGUAGGGGGCAGCAGGGAGCUCUACGGCAUGCAUCCAACACUACACCAUAGUAGAAGUAGAAAUUACUGUUGUUUACAACAUGGCAUUCCAGCAUUUUCUAACAGCGUGCUCGUUUUUUCCGACAGUGCGAGCUAUUUCUCUCCAAGAAUUAUUAACAACAUGUUGAUCACGGUGAUCUCUGAGAGCUGAAUCAUACAAAUGUCUGUAUUUACGAACCUCUGCCAUACUAGUUCUUGCCAGUCCGCCAUGUUUUUCCGCGUCCGACCGUCCGCGUGGUUAGAAAAUUUCCUAGGUGCGCGGUGCGGAAAGUUUGGGCCGUGCGGAGGCGCGUGGUUGUUAAAAUGACGCAAUUUCGCCGCGCGGAGCCGUGCGAACCUCGCGGACGUGUCAAGCAUAAACCAAGCUUAAAGCACCUCUGUUGAUGUACCUUAAUGCACUAAAACAGUGGUGCUUUUAUUUUAGAUCCCUAAAACAAAAUUUCAUACUGCAUGUAAUAUUAUUCUGUCCAAGUGCAGAUGACCAGAAAGUAUAAUAUAUGUGUGUAAUUAAGUUAUCAUAACAGUGAAAAGGACCAGGUGUCCUGAGGGAGCGGUGAAUGAUCCUAUGGAAAAUAGGAGCUCUUUCCUCCGCUGUAAAAAGGACAAUCAUUCUCAAAGUGUGCUGGCUCAUAUGGAAAAUGCUCUUGUAUGUUUUUCUCGUUUGGACUGUGAUUAAAGUUCAGUACCACUAUGGGAACACAAGCAUUGUUGAGAAACACACACACACACACACACACACACACACACACACACAAAGAAAAAUGCCUACCAGGCACAUUGAGAGUUUUAAGUGGCGGGACAGACAACGAGAAACACAUUUCUGAAAAACCAGACAGGAUGGAGAACGGGGGUGAGGAAGGGGGGAUGAACUGGGAUGGAACCAGUCCAAAUUUCCAAGACUUUUUAAGAAAUCUUUCACAUUAUCCCUCACCCCAAUUUUGCCAUUAAGUACAGAGAAAUGUGCAUUCUUUCCACACAGUGGAACAUGAACAUGAGUGGAAGUGCUUUCAGAGACCUUCUGUUGGAUGAGAAGGGUUGAACUGCUGGGUCCACGUUGAACAGCAACCCUGCACACAUAAAGCACCAGCCAGUCUGAAAAUAGACUGUUUAUUGUGGUUCUUUUUCUUUGUUUAUAACCACAGAAAAUCCCACACCCGUUAGAUGAUGUAAAAAACUCACAGUGGUCAAACCCGGCUGGACACGCAAACACUGCCACAGACAUGUAAUAAACAUGGUAAAGCCUUCUCACAAUUAAUGAGCAAUAAAACUUCAAACCAG